AUGCUAUGCUACAUACACAACCUAUUCAGCUGGGGAAAAGAAUCUCGUUCUUGCAAAGAGAAAAGCCCCCGUGGCCAGCAUUCCGUGCAAUGGAUGCCCCAUGAGUGUAAAGCCAUCCAGAUGUGGGUGGCUCAGAAAGUUCGCGAAGCAGAAAACCAAAAACUAGACAACGAACUCGACCCGAGCCUUGUCAGCUUUCAAAGGCUUGUGUAUAACGACCCAACCAUCUCUCGGCUAGCAGACGACAUGUUCACCGAGGCCUCGGCGCGAUAUCCUCUAGACCCGGAAGAGCAGCCUGCCAUCCAGAGCUUCCGGCAGUUCUUGCAGGUGGUCAACAUCAUCAUGCAGUCCGGGCCCGAGUUCUACGACAAGCCCGGAAGCGACAACGCCAUGGGAUUCGUCGGCUUUCCGAUCAACGCCCUUCUCGACUGGCCGAUGGGGACGAAGUCCGGCUACGAGUUCUUCAGGCGAAAGGACGUCAACGAGGCACUGAGAGACGUACUGAACACUUGGGCCAAGUUUCUGGGCACUGCGGCAUCGAAACAAUGCCUCCAGGGCUGGCUGUCGCCCCUGGGACGGGGCAUGCUGGCGGACCAGGCGAACGCCAGCAGAGACCAGUACAGCUUCCAGCAGCUUUUUGUCUGCCCCGACGCCGAGGACGAGAAGUACCUGGGCUUCGGGUCCUGGGACGCCUUUUUCACGCGAAGAUUCCGCGACGGCGUCCGUCCCGUCGAGAACCCGGACGACGCGGACACCGGGAACGCCCUGGUCGUAACCAACGCGUGCGAAUCGGCGCCGCUGAGGGUCGUCACGGACGUCAAGUUCCGAGACAACUUCACGCUCAAGGGGCAGCCGUACUCGCUCGUGGACAUGCUAAACGACAACCCGCUGGCGCCCGCGUUCGUCGGCGGCACUGUCUACCAGGCCUUCCUCAACGCGCUUAGCUACCACCGCUGGCACGCGCCCGUGAGCGGGACGGUCGUCGGGGUCGAGCUGGUCCCGGGCACGUACUACAGCGAGAGCUGGCACGAGGGGCUGGCCGGCAACCCGGGCAACCCGGACUCUCGGGCACCGAACCGUUCGCAGGCGUACAUCAGCGCCGUCGCCACCCGCGGCAUCAUCUACAUCCGAGCCCGCUGCCCCGAGAUCGGCCUCAUGGCCAUCGUGUUCGUGGGCAUGGCCGAGGUGUCCAGCUGCGAGUUCACUGUGGGCGUCGGCGACGAGGUCGUCAAGGGGCAGGAGAUUGGCAUGUUCCACUUCGGAGGCAGCUCACACUGCUUGGUAUUCAGGCCUGGCGUCAGACUUCGGUUCGUCGGCAGACAGCCGCCGUGGGACUGCGAGCACGAGGAGAACAAUCGGGUGAACAGCGCGCUGGCCGUUGUGAGAGCGUGA